CCGCACUGUCGUUAGGAGUCCAAGUGCAUUAUUGCAGCUGAAACUUCGCACGCACCCAAGGUAGCGCACUUCCUCCAAGACGCGCACAUAGACACUGAAAGGGAGGAGGGAAGGACAGGAAUGUGAGAUUUUUCAGCUCACUUCGCCUUUUAAUCAUCAUAUUUGAAGGAUUUAUUUCUUUUUAAGGUAUCUUUCAAAAGAGGCAACUACCCGAACCAGCCAAUCAGCGCUGUGUGCCGGCCAGCAUCCAGGAGGAACGAGCUGGAUGCGGCAGGAAGCGAAACAUCCGCGGAUCUUUUAACUGGAAUACAAUUCACAAGUGUUUAUUUUUCUUUUGUUCCUCCGCCAUCCUCUUACUCCAACCAUUGACUUAUCCGACCUGUUUGCGUGGUUCUGUAUUGCGGUACUUUGCGGUUUGAAUCGCUGGAAGAGCCGCUCCACUGCGCCAACAAGACUCCCAGCCCUUCAUCAGCCUCUUUGCUGAUUAAAAAUCCCUAAAUUUUGUUUGGACAAGUGCCCACAGACCUAUUUUCUCCCUGUGAACUAUUUUUUUCGUUGCUGCUGUACUUCAGAUCCUCCCUCUCCUGCCUCGCAGCGACCCCUCCUCCUCCUCUUCCUCCGCUCCGUGAGUCAGUUCAGACAGCUGCACACACGAUGUCUGCCCCUGAAGCUGCACCACCAGCUGGAGCUCCAGGUGCUCCCGGUGCCCCGGGUGCAGAUGGAGCCCCCGCUGGCCCACCUGCUGGCCCACCCAACACCAGCAGCAACCGGAGGCUACAGCAGACUCAGGCCCAAGUAGAGGAGGUGGUGGACAUCAUGCGGGUGAAUGUGGACAAGGUUUUGGAAAGGGAUCAGAAGCUCUCAGAGCUGGAUGACAGAGCGGACGCUCUCCAGGCCGGAGCCUCCCAGUUUGAAAGCUGCGCAGCCAAGCUAAAAAACAAGUACUGGUGGAAAAACUGCAAGAUGAUGAUCAUGAUGGGCAUCAUUGGAGUCAUUGUGGUUGGAAUAAUAUUCUUGUACUUCUUCCACUGAGCGUCGCCAGUCAUCACAGAAGGAUAUGAACUUGAGUAACAAUAAAGGGAAGAGGAUAAAAAAGAACCCCAGCGCCACUCCUCCCUUUUAUCAGUCUUCUUCGCUCUCUCUCAGUCUUCAUCCAACCAUCCUGCACUUAGCUUCAUCACUGCUCCCUUCCUCCAUGUUGCUUUUGUUCUUUACUUCUCCUGUCUCUACCCCUCAUGUGUUAUUGAAAGCUGCAGCUGGCAGACUGAAAAGAGGGAAGAAAGAAGAAGAAAGUGGAGGGUAAACCCGUGGAGACGUAACAGGAGGUUGAUCUACUCCAGAUACGCCAAGGCUUGUUCAUAUGACAUUUUUCAGAGAUCUGCAUUUGUACAAAUCUAACCAACUACUGCUCCAGACUUCACUAACAUGUUAGUUUAGCAUCAUGUCUCCUUUACUCUGUAGCCAACAGUCUUUUUCCAAGUUUACCUGAUAGGUUUUCCAUCUUCUGCUUAACUCUUCUCCUUUGAUCUUUUAUUUCCGCAGCAAACGAGAAAACAAAAAAGGGGAAAGACUGAGUUUUCAUUCAGGAAAAAGUAUCAGAAGAUUUUUCAGCAUAUUUUCCGAAACUAAAAAGUAAAAGUCAUGACUAAUAAGCAGCCUAGUUGUGUAAAUAGACUUCACCUGCACCGUAGGUGGGGGUGUUAAGCUGAAAGGUGUUACAAAAUGAGAAUUACAUGCUGCAAAACAAAAGUUACAGUUACAAAACAUGGUACAAGUUACAUGUCUCGAUCCGAGCUCCGUACACAGACGGACGAACACGAAGCAGCUCCUGACUGACUGCACGACCGAACCGACUCAGAGGAAAGUCUCUGGUUUAAAGUCUCAGCCGUAGACGGAUGAAUGUGUGGCGCCACGAUUUAAAGCGUUAGUUCCUUUUGGUUGUCAGAAAGCCGGAUUAUGAUCCUCGGAGCCAUCUGGCUGUCCCGUCCGCCGCUGAUUCACAUACGAACAGGCUCAUCUGUCACCUGCAGCACGUUAAAACCCAGACUGAGGUGUUCCUUUCUAAUCUGCAUGGCAAACAGUAAUCCAUACUUGUGUGACCUGUGUAUCUGCCAUCUCGGAACCUUACUGCCGAUUGUACAUUUUCUUUUGUUAGUGGUUUAAGGAUUUGUGUAUAUUGUCUUUCUGAUUGGAUACUUACUGCUUAUGCAAUGUGCAAUGCAACUGCUCACAAGUUUGCCAAAAUAAAAAAAUCUCUUGCUUUGAAGACUUUCCAUUGAAAGACAGCAAACAGCUGCUACCGUAGUGAAAACGUAGUGUUGUUAUAACAGAACCACAUCUUGUCGAUUCACGCUCCUGAAUGUGUGUUAAUGUAAAUUCCUUCAGGUUUUUGGAGGGACGGUCGGUUAUGAGUGGAGAUCUAUUUUUCUUUGAUUUGGAUUGAUUUUGAAAGUUGCAAUAAAAAGUGCAUUCAUGCAUAACUGUAGCACUAAGGCCAAAUUAACUGAUGAUGGCGUGCAACAAAAUCAUCAAAUAAUUUACACAAGAGUUAAGAGGAUAAAGUAAGAGAUACAACUGGAUUAGCAAAAAUAAAAAAAACACAUGAUGCAUGUUUACCACUUUUGCUGAUGCCAAUAAAGAAAUUCUCAACUGA